AUGACAAGAAAGGGCAAGCUCGGCGCGCCAGCCGCCGGCGCAGCGUCGGCAAAGCUGGCGGCCCUCACGGCGGCGUCGCUGAAGGAUGGUUAUGACAGGGAGCAUGGCGGCGUGUUUGAGUCGGGCGCGCCAGGGCACGCGCCCGGCACAGGCGAAGGCGCUUCGACCAAGAAGGCUUACUUGAAAACAAGGGACACUUCUCUGCUGAAUCAGCUGAGCGGCACAUUCGAGUUUGUGCGCGCCCACAUCUACGACCCCGUCGACGGCGAGUGGGUGUGGCAGACGGACGCCGGGGGCGGCGUGAUCGGCCCCUACUACUACCAAAAGGGGAACGUAUGGAAGGCGUCCUACCACAAUUUGAGGGCCAUGCUGUUCAUGCAGCAGUGGAUCAAGGAGGGCCGCGGCGCGUGA